UUCAGUUCAGAGUCAGUUGUCUGAGGCUGGGAAACACAACCACUCAACAUGGACGGCGCUGCUUUGCGUCGGACCUGCAUCUGUCUUAUUGUCUCUGUUUGGAUCCAUGUCGUUUCUGGAAGAGCAAUAGGUAGCAGCAACAUAAACUGUGGUUCAGCAUCUACCACUGUCUAUCUGGGUGCUGUGAAUGAAGGAUACACAGGUGAUGUGGAGCUCGUGUCUGCUAUCCCAGUUGACACUAUUGUGACCCUGGAGCCUGACCUUUAUCCUGAGCAUCUUCAGUUUGUGGAGUUGAGCUUCACACCAGGGGAAACCACAGCGACUGUUCGCACCAAGAAGCCGCUUGAUGCCGACGUCCUCACUACGACUGAUAGAGUUUUGUACUACACUUUGGUUUGUGACAAUAAUUCCAGAAAUUUCCGCAGGCUGAUAAUCAGUGAUAUCAAUGACAACAGUCCAGUAUUUGAUAAGAAGUUUUAUUCUCAAAAUAUUUCAGAGAGCCACGCUUUGAACAUGGAGGUUCUGCAAGUGAGAGCUGUGGAUGCAGACAUCACACCUGAAUGCAACCUUCUGACAUACACCUAUACUCCAGAAACAGCAGACUUUUCCUUAGCAAACUCCGGGGCGUUUACCUUAAUGAGACGUCUGAACUACAACGUAGUACCAAAGUACAAUUUUAUUGUCACUGCCAGGGACAGUGGUGGAAAGAAUGACACAACCUUAGUUGAGAUUAUUGUAGAAGACAUUGAUGACUUAAAUCCCUUUUUCAGCCACAGUCUCUACCAGGCUGUUAUUCCAGAGAACCAGGACGGGGUUCUCAGUGAAAUAAAACCAGAACCAAUAAAGGCCCAAGAUGGAGACACUGGAAUCAACAUGACGAUAACAUACAGCAUCAGUUCAGUCUCUCCUGCCGAGUACCAAGCAAACUUCAACAUCGACUCCAACACCGGAGCUCUGUCUGUGGUGACGUCGUUUGACAGGGAGGAAAUGGACAGCAGUGAAAUCUCUGUCAACAUCCAGGCGGCCCAGACAGACGACCCUCUGAAGACCGCUGAUGCUGUCGUGUCCGUCAUGGUGGAAGAUGUGAACGACAACGCUCCAGAGUUUGAUCAGUCGAGCUACAACGUCUCCCUUCUGGUGAACUCCCUCGCUAACACCGUCACUGGUUUGGACAAGAACAUCACCGUGAUCAGAGUGAGCAUCACGGACGACGACAGCGACAACAAACCCGAGUUCAGUUCCAGCAGCUAUGAAACCAGCACCGAGGUGAAAGACGCAGCGAUGGGGAAGGUGGUGCUGACGCUGAGAGCCACCGACAAAGACAUCGGAAACAACUCGCUUAUCACCUACAGUUUUUCAGAAGGACAUUCGCCAUAUUUGGCCUUAGACAGCGAAACAGGAGAAGUGACGCUGACCUCUGACCUUGCUGAUGUAACAGAAGACACCACACUGGUUCUGACAGCCGAGGCCACAGAUCAUGGCAAACCACCGCUCAGCACCACAGCUCUUGUGGUGGUGAACAUCAGGAUCACCAGUCCUGAAGGCGUGGCGUUCCUGAACUCCUCCUACAACUUCAGCCUGAAAGAGAACGAGAAUUCGGGGGUCACUGUGGGGCAGGUCCACGCCUCUGCAGGAAGCGACCUGUACGAGGUUUCCUAUGGACUGAGAACACACGAAGACCUGUUCUCCAUCGACAGCAGUGGUACCAUCUUUUCUACAAAAGAGCUGGACAAGGAGGAGCAGGAGUGGUACAUCCUGGAUGUGGAGGCUGUGGACACGCGGACGCCUCCCACAUCAGCAGUGGCGCUGGUCAGAAUUCAGGUGGAGGAUGUAAACGAGCCUCCAGAGUUCUCCUUGGAUGAUUAUGAAGCCUCUGUGGUCAGCAUCGCCGAGUACAAAACCCCAGUCAUCCAAGUGAAGGCCUCGGACCCAGAUGUUGGAGACAACAGUGAUCUGGUCUACAGUCUGCCAGCAGGAAACUCCUUCUUUGACGUGGAACCGGCUUCAGGUCAGCUGUUUGUGGUGUCAGCAGCAGAUCUGGGUGGAAAAACCGUCACAAUGGAGGUGAAGGCCACAGAUCCCCAUGGACUUUCUGCUACAACCACAGUAAAGGUUGUGGUUCACGGCAGCAGCGACGUGACGACCAUCUCUCUGAAUAAGCCGGCUAACAUUGUGGAGAACAAUAUUCCAGAGCUGGAGGAGGCUUUAGGUAAAGCUCUGGGCUGGACGGUGAACAUAAUCCAGGUGUGGAUCUCUGGUGGAGGAGAAAAUCGAACGCUGAGGGCAUCAGUCAAGACUCUGGUCAGCUUCGUCGCUUUUGAUGGCGAUGAAGUUGUUAAACCUCAGGAAGUCGCAAAGAAACUGCAGAGAGAGUUUGAAAAGGUGAGAGCGGAGCUGGCCAAGGUGUUGGGAGACGAUGUUCGAUUUGAAAUAGAAAAGGGAAAAGACCCUCCAGGCUUCAGCUCAGGCCAAACUGCUGGCGUCGUUGUGGGGGUUUUGGUUGGCCUGACUGUAGUGGGACUGACUGUUUCUGUAUUUAAAAGGAGAAUCAAACCAAACAGAGGACGGAGAUGGUCCAUGGAAUUAGUGACCAGUUUUUGAAUAAAUUAUUGAUUGGUGAACAAAUCCAUGUUUGGGUUUGCUGCCUGAUGAUGACGGUUCAUCAAACCAAGCCUGGAGGAUCUUGGACUCAGUACCACCUUUAUGCACCAGAAUAAUAAUCUUAGACUAUUUUAUUUAUUUGACCUCUGUGACUUUAAAAUAUCCUUCAAGCACAUCAGAGUUUGUCUCUCGUUAAAUUUCAGAGUGAAGAUUUGCCAACAUGAAUGGGAUCCCAUUUCUAGAUUAAUGUUUGUACAAAUCUACUUAAUGAAAGUGUUUUAUUAGAAAUGUUAUCAAAGCAAAUCACAGGAAUCUCUACAAGCCUCCCUUACAAUCAUUGUUGAAACAACAAUGAUUAGGAACAAAUCAAGAUGUGGCAUCAUUCCAGGCUUUUAUAAUGUGCUAAUUUCUAACUCACCAGAUAAUUCACGUAUUAAAUUAAACAAUAAUUUAACAAUAAUAACAAUAAUCAAUAAUCUGCUGUUACACGAUGAGAAUGUUAUACUGUUUUUUGUCUUCGAGUCUUUUAUAAAGGCUAUAAGACUGACUGCUCUAUGACCUUGUAUGAUAUUUUUUAUUAUGUAGGGAACUUUGAACUGCCUUGUUGCUGAAAUGUUCUGAACAAAUAAAAUUGAUUGAUUAAAAUCAAUACAUUUUGGAAGGAGGUGAGAGAUACUGAAAAAAUUCUGUCAAAGUAAAUUUCACUGGAUCCUAAAUUGUUCCUAUUAGCUUUAAACUAUGAGAAGCUUAAUUUCAGUAAAACUGUGAAACCUUUUCAGCAGGGCAAAAGAGCCCUAGUGCCACCUAGUGGUCAAAGCAGAUAUUGUCUAAUUUACCACUGGAAAGAAUAGUAUAUAGUAGGAAAUAAAACAGUAUAUUUUUGAGCCCCUUUCAUUAAUUUAUUAAUGUCAGAGGGCUUGUUGGAUUCUUGACAUGUUUGAACCUGCGUGAUGUUUGAUGAUGCUCCGUUACCCUGUUGUUUAAGAAGUUUUUAUUCAUGUUUUUUUACUUUUUAUUUUGUUUUUAUAUCUCUGACUUGAGAGAGAAUUAUUACUAUCAUGUAGUAAUUAUAAAAAUAUAAAAGUUUAGAUUGGUACAUGAUUGUAUUAGUAUAAAAAAAUCAUCUUAUAUUUAUAGAAGUUCAACUUUGGUCUCAGUCUGUCUUUAAAAUGGAGAUAAAAGUUCUGAGCUUUGAUUCAAACGAGGAUAUUUACUCAUUUAUAUUUACUCACGACCAAAUGUUUGGAGACAGAAAUUUUUUUUUUUUAAAAUAAAGUUUGCUGCUUCCGUUUUGAGAUCGUUGUCACAUUAUUCUAUGGUGAUAAUAAAUUCAGUAAAUCACAUUUUAUAGCUUUCUAAGACUUUUACAAAGGAUCAGGUUAGUGUAUGGAGUUAUGCUAAAGAAUAGAAAACUAAUGUGGGAAACAGAUUAGUUUUCCACAUUAGUGGAAAAGUAGAUGUUUUGACAACAUUUUUUUCCAAAGAAUUUUGGAAAUGAGAAAAAAAUCAAUUCAUUUAAACUGGGGAACCAUAAACUGUAAUUUAAGUCCUUUUAAUGCUAAAUUGUGAUUAUUUCUUACUUUAUAACUUCAGUUUCAUUGUCAAUGCCUCCACUGAUCUUUCAAAAUGUUGAUGCAAAUUUUACCUGCUGCAGAAGCCGACUGAUAUUUUCUCCAUCCCUCUUCUGGGCUGGUGUUUUUGUUGUUGUGUAAAAUAUGAACAAAUAAAUUAAAGUAUUUCUGAGAACUGUC